AUGCUUUUCCUCCUACCCCACCUCGCCUCCUUGGCGUGUUGGUUCCUGCUGUUCUCUAGCGGAGCUGCCGAGGCGCAAAAUAAUUCCACUGGUCUUGUGGAAAUCGACUUGGUCUUCCCGCGCAAUGAGACAUACAAUCCGUCACCAUUGAUGCCCAUCGUUUUCUCCUACCGAAACAUUGAGCUCGUGCCACUCCUCAGGCCUAUGAUCACCUUUGAGAUCUGGGAUUACAACAAUUCCAGCGGUCCCAUCUAUGACAGCCCGCGCGAAGCUCCUUUGAUCAAUCACUCCAGCAGCGACCCUUAUUUUCAACAUAGUCUGAUGUAUCCCUUGAACCUAGAGGGCACAUGGGGCCUGAGAUUUUAUGUCUACUGGACAAAUUGUGUUAAGGAUGGCGAAGGGUCCCUUGGUUUCAACCCUUACACCAUCCAUCGGACCAACGUGACCAAUGUUGCCAUCAUUUUCACCACAAAGGGUCCCUCGAAGCAGAUCGACCUUGUUGCUGCAACCAGCAAUAAGACUUGCGCAGCCCCUGCUGGAAUCGCCAUCGACAUCGCAAGCACAGACAACACGUUUGACUCGACCGGCGAGUAUGAAAAAGAUCGCUGCCCGUGGGUUACAUCUUCGCCAACCGAGGCAGAUAGCUGCGCCGUCACGAUAGGUGCUGCAGCUGCCUCAAGCAUUGCCGACUCCAUGACUUCUGAUGGUUGA